AUGGCGGUCAUGGAAAGGUUCACCACUCAAGCAGCCCCCAACCAGCCAACUGACAACCCCGAAUUGGUCAUCAAGUCUCUGUCGUCCAAUAUUCGGGAGUUCUGCUACGAUCCGGAAAAUAGCCUUACAUUUGACCGUUGGUACCAAAAGUACGAGGACUUUUUUCUUCAAGAUGGAGCCAAGCUGGACGAUGCGGCCAAGAAAAAGCAGCAGGGGAAACCGCACAAUCAACCCUCGAAGAAAGGCAAGCAACAUUCAACUUUACCCAAGACACCGUGUUGGCAAUGUGGAGGUAUGCAUUUCGUCCGAGAAUGCCCCUUCACCUCUGCAAAUCCUGUGGGAGGACUGGACACAAAGAGGGAUACUGUAACUGUCUCUCAGCGAAGCAGCACAGCAAGGAUAAAUCGAUCGAUGGGAAGUUCGCUGUCAACAAUAUCAGCAGCGGACUACGAUGCAAAUUCAUCUACGUCCGUCAAUGGCGUGUAUAUCAAGAUGCAAUUCGUCACCGCUUCCGAUAUAACUGUCAAUUCAAAACCAACAUGGAAGAAGCUAGGACCUCUGCAGUUUGUCGGCGAAAUACAAUGCGACGUCACCAUGGAAAACCAAACCAAGUUUGGAACGUGUUAUGUCACCAAUCAACCAUCCCUCAAUCUUUUCGGCCUGGAUUGGAUUGAGCUGUUCGGACUGUCUCUUCCACUGUCAUCGAUCUGCCACAAAGUUCAGGCAGACCAUUCCGAACCGAUCCAGCAGUACAAGAAAGCGUUUCCCAAGGUGUUUUCCAACUCACUCGGACAUUGCACGAAAACUCGAGUCAAGCUGUUUUUGAAGCCAGACGCACGACCGGUUUUCAAGCCCAAACGCCCGGUUCCAUUCAUGUCCAUACCGAAGGUCGAAGAAGAAUUGACCACCCCAAUAGUCGUUGUCAAGAAGGCGGGUGGCAAAAACAGAAUCUGCGCGGACUACUCAACCGGUCUGAACGCUGCUCUAAAGCCGCACAAUAAUCCUCUUCCGGUGCCGGAUGACAUCUUCAGCAAGCUGAAUGGAUCCAAGACUUUUAGCAACAUUGAUUUGUCCGAUGCUUAUCUCCAACUUGAAGUGGACACCGAAUCAAAGAAGCUGCUCACAAUCAACACCCAUCGAGGACUUUACCGCGUUGAAACGUUCCUGGACGACAUCAUUAUUUUCAGUAAGACCGAAUCCGACCAUCUCAAACGACUACGAGCACUCUUCAACCGGCUGAUUCUCCAGCGGCGAAUCAAGUAUCUGGGCCAUAUUGUUGACGAAAAAGGUAUACACCCAGAUCCUUCGAAGAUUGAAACCAUCGCCCGAAUGCCAGUACCAGCAGACGUCUCAUAUCUCCGCUCAUUUAUUGGUGCGGUAAAUUUCUUCGGCAAAUUUGUACGCGCUAUGCACCAACUUGGGCGCCCUCUUGAUGCACUAUUGAAAAAGGACGUCAAAUUUAUCUGGUCUCAAGAAUGCCAGCAAGCUUUCGAGAAAUUCAAGACGAUGCUCCAAUCAGAUCUGCUGCUUACCCACUACGAUCCGAGCUUGGACAUCAUCGUUGCUGCUGACGCGUCGGAAUUGGUGCCGUCAUUAUGCAUCGAUUUCCGGAUGGUUUCUCAAGACAAUUGCUCAUGCUUCCUGAACGCUUACGUCAGCUGA